UUCACCAUAAAUCGACGUUUGUCAAUGUAAUAACUACAAGCGUUUGUUUAAUUUGGACUAGUUUUAUAAUUUAGGCAAGAGCGAUGCUGAAAGACUAGUUUAGGUUCUCCAAGAACGAAUUGGAACGAAACAGGAAGUCGUACUGAUGAGGAAGCAACUGGUGGCGCGAAAAACUAAACUGCAGUUAAAGUACAACAGCUUUCAGCACGUUUACAUUAUUAUACACCUUGUGUUUGUAUUAUAACACACACUUUUAUCGUAAUAUCAGAAGAUUUACAAUUUAACUGGAGCAGGCCAGGCAUGAGUGGAGCACACCUGGACGAAUGGCAGAGGAGGUCCUUUGACAUUUCAUCUGGCAACUGUACACCUGAACAGACGGCCGAUGCCUACCGGGCCCACAUCCUCUCCAUUCAGUAUGCAUGGGCAAGCUCCCAGCUCUCUCAGGCCGGCAUGGACAGCCUGCUCAGGACCUACUCGGAGCGCUACGCCGCAGUGCUGGACUCAGAUGACCCCUGCACAGGGCUGAACAACUAUGCAGACAGCGCUCUGCACCUGGCUCGCAGUCAGAGGAACCACAGUGACAAAUGGGAGUCGUUCCUCACCAUGGAGAGUGUGCUGGAGCUGCCCUGCGUGCAGAGGAUGAUUCAGGCAGGGAAGGGGGGAGGGGGCUCCCUGGUGGCAGCAGGAGAUGUAAACAUAUCUGUGGGGCAAGAGAGCAGAGGCAGCUCCCUACCCGCUGCUUUUACUGGGGACCGCUCAGACACUGCAUUGUUCAAACCUACAGUUCCACCCCAGCCUAAAGCAGAGGUUAACACCAGUGCCAGUAAUCCAAACUCAUUCUCCCGUCCUCCAGCUCGACCACAGUCUGUGUUUACUCACUCUUCCUCAGCUCUUCCCCAGGGAAACCCUGGCCCUGCAGGGGGAACACAAAACUAUCAGUCCUCCUACUUACCCAACUCCAACACAUCUAAGCGGAAGAACUUUUACAACACAGACAGAGGGGAUGGUGGCAGGGGUCAGCAGGGAGGUCAAGCAGGCAGUGACCCGCGAGCUGGAAGCAACUUUAAAACGGCUCGCGAGCAGUUCAUUGUUGAGCAACAGAAAAAACACUCCAACCAGGCGCAGAGAGGUCAGGCCUCCUGGCCGGCAGCAGCUGUGAAGAAAUCUCUAGGAGCCAACAGGCCGCGGGGUACAUUUUCCAAAUUUGUGUCACCCAUUCCCCGACAGGAGGAGGAAGAAGGAGGGUCAAACGGUAAUUCCAAUCAGGAACCUCAGAUCGUGGACGAGCGUCUGAAAAACUUUGAGCCGAAGAUAAUUGAGCUGAUCAUGAGUGAGAUCAUGGACCACGGGCCUCCUGUCGUCUGGGAGGACAUUGCAGGCCUGGAGUUCGCCAAGACCACCAUAAAGGAGAUUGUAGUUUGGCCCAUGCUGCGACCUGACAUCUUCACUGGUCUCCGGGGUCCACCUAAAGGCAUCCUCCUGUUCGGACCCCCGGGGACUGGAAAAACUCUGAUAGGGAAAUGCAUAGCCUGCCAGUCAGGGGCCACCUUCUUUAGCAUCAGCGCUUCAUCGCUCACAUCCAAGUGGGUGGGUGAGGGAGAGAAAAUGGUGCGAGCCCUCUUUUCCAUCGCCCGCUGCCACCAGCCUGCUGUCAUCUUCAUCGAUGAGAUCGACUCGCUGUUGUCCCAGCGGACGGACGGGGAGCACGACUCCUCACGCAGGAUAAAAACAGAGUUCCUGGUUCAGCUGGACGGAGCAACGACGUCAGCCGAGGAUCGCAUCCUGGUGGUGGGCGCCACCAACCGGCCUCAAGAGAUAGACGAGGCUGCCCGGAGACGCCUGGCCAAGAGGUUAUACAUCCCCCUGCCCGAGGGAACGGCCCGGCGGCAGAUCAUCACUAACCUCAUGACCCAAGAGAAGAACCAGCUGAGGGAGCCGGAGCUGGACAGCGUGGUUGCUGCCACAGAGGGCUUCUCAGGCGCCGACAUGACGCAGCUCUGCAGAGAGGCGGCGCUCGGGCCCAUCCGCAGCAUCCAGCUCAGUGACAUCGCCACCAUCACUGCAGACCAGGUGAGACCCAUCCAAUACAGAGACUUCCAGGACGCCCUGCAGACCGUACGGCCCAGUGUCUCAUCGAAAGACUUGGAGCUGUUUGAGGAGUGGAACAAGACCUUCGGAUGUGGACGUUAAGCGUGGCUGCUUAUCCUGAUUGUUGUUCAAAUUGAGGAUUUUAUUUUGAACUGAGUUUUUGAUUUCAGCUCUGGAGGAAUCUAUACAAAAGCACAAAUUGGGCAGAGAUAAUAGCAUGUGCACUUUGUGAAAUUGUUCACAAAGAUCGUUAUUUUAAUGCAGGGAUUUCUGUCAUUACAUUGAGGUGUUUCUGUUAGUAUGUCCAAAAAUUCCUUUUGAUUGAAUUAAUAUUUUUCCAACCAUCCCGAUGUUUUGCGAACCAUUUAAUGUUCGUUCCGACCAAAACGCUGUUGCAAAACAAAUCCAGUUAUCAGUGAUCUUAGUGCUGAUGGGAUGAAAGACUUUUCUGUAUGAAGAAAUCGCUCUUCAAUUGUUCCCAGCUGUUUGUUACUGCAUUAUCCUCUGGUUUGUUUGGAUAUUUAUUUCACUGUUGCUGUGUGAUGUGCUGAAGGCAUGAAGAUAUAUUGUAUUAGUAUCAUUUUUGUAAUGCUGUGAGGAUAAACAUUCAGCAUUUUUAAUAACCAUCCCAAUAGAUAUUCUCACCUCUCUCAUAUACUGCGUUUCAUGACUGAAUGAAUUGUUUUAGUUUGAUUCUUAAUUGAAUUGCCAAAAUUGUAUUUUUUUCCUAAUAAAUAAAAAUGUUGCCAUCCUAUA